UGACACUAAAAUAAUCUCUUUUAGUUUGCGUUACGCCAGGAAAGAGUCUUCUCUUUCUCUCAAUUGUGUUGCCUCCUUCAUUUUCUUGAGAUCGUUACAGCUGCGUGGAAGAUUGACGGAUUAUAAAGGGACACUCUUUCUCCUUGCUUUGGCGAAUCCAUUCGAAGAUCACGGUGAGUGAGUGAUGGGAAAUGAAGAUAUCAUUCAAGAGGUUUGUUCUUCAGGGGAUAUGGUGACGAAUCUGAAGGCGUCCAUAAGAGAAUUGAGUGGGAAAGUGAGGGAACAGAAUCAGAGAAAAUGUGAUGUUAGGGAUAAGCUGCAGCAGCUGCGAGAAAGAAUAAACGCUGAAGGUGUUGAUGUCUCAGUCCAGGAGGAGUUGCUACCUCCUUUGAGAUCUCUUAAGGAAUUAGAAAAACAGGAAUCUGAAGUCCGGUCUAAUUGCGAUGCUAAGCGUUCUGCGUUAGAAGAUGCAGUUUGUGAUUUGGAGGAGAGAGUCGCAAAGGGUGAGAUUCCUGAGGAAGAUUUGGAUGUUUUGUUGGUUGAAUCACUGGAUCAUCUGACUUCAGCAAAGAAGGAGCUUGCAGCAACGCUAAGAGAAAUAGUGUCUCUGAAGCGACAGAUUGAUGAUGUACCAUGCCAAUCUGAACUCCUCCAGUAUGAAAGAAGAUUCUCAGAGCUUAAUGUUUGUAUCCAGGAGAAGCUUCAACAAACUAGGAAGCUCUAUGGGACAUACAAUGCUCUUUUAGAAAUAAAAGACUUGAUGCUAAAGGAGAUAUCAUUACUUAAUUCAAUAGGUUCGCAGUUUCAAGACGUGAUUGGUACUCCUGCUGGCCGUGUGAAGUCAAUUGAUUCAAUGGAAGGAGUCAUGAAAGGAAUCCAACAGAAGCUAGGAAAGGUACAACUUGGUCUUCAAGAAGAGCAGAGACGCUGUGAUGCUUCAAAGGAAAAGUACACCGCUGCAGCUGCAGAGCAAAGAAAAUGUUAUACUGUACUAAGAGCCUUCCAGGAAGAAUGCACUAGAAAUGACAGGCUGAGGAGUCAAGUAUCUGGCUCGAAACAAGGGAUGUAAUAAGGUGGUUUAAACGUGAUUCUCUUUUGAUUUGCUGUAUCCAUAUGCUCAGCAUUAGACACGGGGAAAAAUAUGAAAAUCUAUAUGCAUAGAAACAACAUUGGUUGACCAAUUGGGUUAUAUAUUAGCUAUGGAAAACUAUUAUACUCUACUCAUUGAGGAAGAAGAUAUAUGUUUGAAUACAAACCUCGGAAA